AUGGCAGUGAACCAGACGGCGGCGUUGAAGGUGGGAGAAAACAACGAAAAGAAGCAUCACGCCCAAGCUAUGAAUAGGAAGUUGACAGUUAUGAAUAAACUGUUGAUGGAGGAGAAUGAUAGGUUACAAAAGCAAGUUUCACAGCUUAUUUAUGAAAACAACUAUUUCCGCCAACAGACUCAAAAUACGACUUUAGCUACCACGGAUACAAGUUGUGAAUCAGUAGUGACGAGCGGUCAACACCAUUUGACUCCUCAACAUCCGCUAAGGGAUGCCACCUGCAGAGGAAACUUUAAUGAGUUUCUUUCAAAAGCCAUCGGAACUGCUAUCGAGUGGGUCCAAAUGCCUGGGAUGAAGCUCGGUCCGGAUUCUAUUGAAUCGUUGCUAUUUCUCAUGGUUGCAGUGGUGUGGCAGCACGUGCAUGCGGACUUGUCACUGAAAUCCUUAAAGAUCGGCCUUCAUGGUAUCGUGAUUGCUGAGCUGUGGAUGUUACAAACGUGUUGUCCACUGGAAAUGGUGGAACCAUUGAACUGCUUUAUAUGCAGGUUGAUCAAUUGA